AUGAUAGCUGGACAAGUCAGUAAGCCCUUGCUGUCAGUGCGGAGUGAAAUGAAUGCGGAGUUGAGAGGUGAGGACAAGGCUGCUACUUCAGACAGCGAGCUGAAUGAGCCCCUGCUUGCGCCCGUGGAAUCAAAUGACAGCGAGGACACUCCCAGCAAGCUCCUGGGGGCCAGAGGGAAUCCGACGCCUUCAGACCCUGGCACCCCAGACCAUCACCAGGCCAGCCAGACCCACCCCACAUAUCCAGUUGGGCCACAGCCACUUCUGACAGCACAGCAGUUGGCCUCUGCUGUGGCUGGCGUGAUGCCUGGAGGCACACCAACUCUCAACCAGCCUAUCCUCAUUCCCUUCAACAUGGCAGGACAGCUAGGAGGGCAGCAAGGGCUGGUCCUCACACUUCCUGCAGCGAAUCUCACAAACAUCCAAGGGCUGGUAGCAGCAGCUGCAGCUGGAGGCAUUAUGACUCUGCCAUUGCAAAAUCUACAAGCUACCUCAUCCCUGAACUCCCAACUCCAGCAACUCCAGCAGCUCCAACAUCUCCAGCAACAGCAGCAACAGCAGCAGCAGCAGCAGCAGCAGGGACAGCCUCCACAGCCCACCAGCCAGCACCCUCCAACAAACCCACAAGCGCCCCAGCAGCCUCAGCCACAGCAGCCCCAGGCCACCUCACCCCAGCAGCCUCCACCUGCCUCCCAGAAGCUGCCAACGCCCACGUCUCAGCUGCAGCAGCCUCCUCAGCCCCAGCAGCAUCAGCCGCAUCUCCAGACCCAGAAUCAAAAUCAACAGUCACCUACACAGCAGAGUUCAAGCCCCUCCCAGAAAUCCAGCCAGUCCCCGGGACAAGGCCUGCCAUCUCCACUCACGCCACCCAAUCCUCUGCAGCUGGUUAAUAAUCCACUAGCAAGUCAGGCUGCAGCGGCUGCGGCAGCAGCAGCCAUGGGCUCCAUAGCAAGCUCACAGGCCUUUGGCAAUGCCCUCUCCAGCCUUCAGGGGGUCACAGGUCAACUAGUUACUAAUGCGCAAGGACAGAUUAUCGGGACCAUCCCACUGAUGCCAAGUCCAGGGCCAUCGGGCCAAACAGCGAGCGGCACCCAGGGCCUCCAGGUGCAGCCCAUCACCCCCCAGCUCCUGACCAACGCCCAGGGCCAGAUCAUCGCAACGGUCAUCGGGAACCAGAUCCUGCCAGUGAUCAACACGCAGGGCAUCACACUGUCCCCCAUCAAGCCAGGCCAACAGCUCCAUCAACCCUCCCAGACGACAGUGGGGCAAGCAGCCUCCCAAGGGAACCUUCUUCACCUGGCUCACAGCCAAGCCUCCAUGUCUCAAAGUCCCGUCCGGCAGGCUUCUUCUUCCUCCUCCUCAUCCUCCUCUUCUUCAGCUUUGAGUGUGGGCCAGUUAGUCAGCAAUCCUCAAACGGCAGCGGGUGAGGUGGAUGGGGUUAAUCUGGAGGAGAUCCGAGAAUUUGCCAAAGCUUUUAAAAUCCGACGCCUGUCCCUUGGCCUGACCCAGACUCAGGUGGGUCAGGCCCUCAGUGCCACAGAGGGCCCCGCGUACAGCCAGUCGGCCAUCUGCAGACACACCAUCCUGAGAAGCCACUUUUUCCUACCACAGGAAGCCCAAGAGAACACUAUAGCUAGCAGUCUGACAGCCAAACUGAACCCUGGCCUUUUGUAUCCUGCCAGGUUUGAAAAGCUGGACAUCACCCCUAAAAGUGCCCAGAAGAUCAAGCCGGUGCUUGAGCGGUGGAUGGCUGAGGCUGAGGCCCGCCAUCGCGCAGGUGUGCAGAACCUGACCGAGUUUAUCGGGAGUGAGCCGUCCAAAAAGCGCAAGCGGCGCACCUCCUUCACACCCCAGGCCCUUGAGAUCCUCAAUGCCCACUUUGAGAAGAACACACACCCCUCUGGGCAGGAAAUGACCGAAAUUGCUGAGAAGCUGAACUAUGACCGGGAAGUAGUUAGAGUUUGGUUCUGCAAUAAGAGGCAAGCCCUGAAGAACACCAUCAAACGCUUAAAACAGCAUGAACCUGCCUCUGCAGUCCCUCGGGAGCCCUUAACUGAUUCUCUGGAAGAAAACUCCUAA